GGGAUUUUCAGUCGUUUUGCCUUUGAUGCGGCAUCCAUGCUAGUUAGCUAGCUAGCUAGUUAGCAUGCCCCUGUUUAGCUACUGUGCUCAUUUUUUCCAAGAGGCAGAGGAGGAGACAUAAAAAAUGGCUAACAGCAGACUGCUGUACCGUUAUACAGCUGGAGUUCCUACAAAAUAUACUUUAAAAAAUGUGUUUUGAAGUAGAAGAUUUGUAUAACGUCAUACGCUGUGUUGUGUUUUAUUCAGCUGUAAUUACCUUUGAGAGACAGCCUGUUUCCCUUGGUGCAGGCCUGUGUUCAUAGACGACCAGGUGUCAUAUGAAUGCCUAAUUAGGUAGCUAUGCUAAAUUAACAUUUUAAAUUACCCAUAAUCACCUGGGAAUACACAUUUGUUGUAGGCAAUGAUCUAAAUUAGUAGUUUGUUAUGUACAAUUAAACUAAUCCACUAAUACAACAGCCUUGCAAAAACUAUAACCUUUAUGAAGUUUAUAAUGGUAGAGUCAUUAAUAUUGUCAAAUGGAUUCAUACCAUCAUUUAACGUCCAUUUACAAUUACAAAAUCAUCCUACUAUUACAAAAACAACAGAAAGACAAUUGUAUAUCAUUUUAUCUUGUGGUACAACUAACAAAUGAUUUAAUCAUCAGGUAAUAUGUUGAUGUUCUUUGACCCUACUUUACUUUUUUUUAAACUUUCAUUUCACAAAGAAAAGCACAAUAUCCUCACAUUUUAGAAGCUUUUGGUUUCUGAGUACUACCUUUAUAGCUGACUAUAAUACUCAUUUUGUAGCAAGGCUGUUGUACUUAAUAAACUGGCAACAAACAUAAUGUGUAUACAAACUUGUACCAUUGAUGCUUUUAUUCAUUGAUCCAAUAGUUUUCAUUGUGCAUGCCUAUGAUGUCAAACAUGACACUUUUCAUGAGAGAAAUGCCCAUAAGGAGCUAUCCGGCUUGAAGCAGAGAACAGCCCUGGACAGAGAUGUGGUCAGCAUCUUGUCGAGAUCGCAUGCAGACCGUAACGUCUACCCAUCUGCAGGAGUGCUGUUCGUCCACGUUCUGGAGAGAGAGUAUUUUAAAGGAGAGUUUCCUCCCUACCCAAAAGCAGGUGAAGCCAGCAGUGACCCGAUCACUUUCAAUACCAACCUGAAGGGCUACCCCGACAGGCCGGGCUGGUUGCGCUACAUCCAGCGCACGCAGCACAGCGACGGGGUUCUGUACGGCUCCCCCACCGCAGAGCACGCCGGCAGGCCCUCCGUCAUAGAGAUUACAGCCUACAACCGACGCACUUUCGAGACGGCACGGCACAACUUGGUCAUAAACAUCAUGGGCACAGAAGAGUUCCCCCUGCCCUACCAGGCGGAGUUUUACAUCAAAAACAUGAACGUGGAGGAGAUGCUGGCCAGUGAGGUGCUGGGGGACUUUCUGGGAGCGGUGAAGAACAUCUGGCAGCCUGACCGCCUCAACGCCAUCAACAUCACCUCGGCACUAGACCGAGGGGGCCGCGUGCCCCUGCCCAUCAACAACCUCAAGGAAGGAGUGUAUGUGAUGGUUGGUGCUGAUGUGGCCUUCUCGUCCUGCCUGCGGGAGGUGGAGAGCCCCCACAACCAGCAGCGCUGCAGUCAGGAGAUGGAGCCCUCCAUCAGCUGUGACAAGAAGUUCAGAGCUCAGUUUGACAUUGACUGGUGUAAGAUCUCUCUGGUUGACAUCAACAGAGUAUUCCCGGUAUAUAUAACCCGUCCCGAGCCGGGCAACGGGAUCCUGCCUGAAUUUGGGUUGUACGACCCCCCCUCUGAGACUCUGAUGAGCCGGAACUACUUUUCAGACUUCCUUAUCACGCUGGCUGUUCCCUCCGCCGUGGCAGUAGUCCUCCUCUUCAUCCUCGGCUACACUAUGUGCUGCCGUCGGGAAGGGUUGGAAAAAAGAAACAUGCAAACACCAGACAUCCAGCUGGUUCACCACAACUCCAUCCAGAAGUCCUCCAAGGAGCUGCGGAGCAUGUCUAAGAACCGGGAGAUCUCCUGGCCCCUCUCCACCCUGCCCGUCUUCAACCCAGUGAGCGGCGAGGUGGUGCCGCCCCUCCACCCCGACAACUAUGAGACCACCAGCAUGCCCCUCAUGCAGACGCAGACGAAUCUGCAAAACCAGAUUACGAUACCACAGCAACGGCCAUCAGGAGAUAAUUAUGUCAUGUCAACAUUUCGAAGGCUGGAGGUAAAUGGUAUUCCUGAGGAGAGAAAGGUGGCCGAAGCACUGAAUUUGUGACCAGAGACAACGGUGUUUGAUUUCAUAUACAUCUUUUUUUUCCUUCUAACAUUUGUGCCAAUCUGCAUGCCCCAGAAGUGUCUUUAUCGUCCAAAUGCACUUACACUUUGAGGAGUGGGUGUGACAGAUCAAAAUAGCGUAGCGAUUUCUAAAGUACAUUUUAAUAUUUUGAAAUAAUGUAUUUGUAAAUGUUAAGACUAUGUUUGAUUAAGACUUGCUUUGCACAAUGGACCUCUCAGAGGAAAAGGGAGUUUUACAUAGAAAUGCUUUAGUUGUCAGGUGUUAUAAAUGUGUCACAUGAUAACAAUAAAUCCUUUGAAAUCA